AUGGCGAACCGCAAUCGCACCGACAGCAUCAUGGCUGUAACUGCCAAGGAGCACCUCGAGCUUGGUGGCAAGAUCAACUGGCUGGCCUCUCUUGACACCGCCUACACCCCCGAGAGGAAUUUCCGCCGCUCCUCCAUUAUCUGCACCAUUGGUCCCAAGACCAACUCGCCCGAGAGUAUCAACAAGUUGCGCGCUGCCGGUCUCAAUGUUGUCCGCAUGAACUUUUCUCACGGCUCGUAUGAGUACCACCAGUCUGUCAUUGACAACGCCCGCGCCGCCGAGGCCUCGCAGGAGGGCCGUCCCGUUGCCAUUGCCCUCGACACCAAGGGCCCUGAGAUCCGCACUGGUAACACCAAGAAUGAUGAGGACCUCCCCAUCGCUGCCGGCAAGGUCAUCAACAUUACCACUGAUGAACAGUACGCUACCAGCUGCGACACUGAGAACAUGUACGUCGACUAUAAGAACAUCACAAGGGUUAUCAAGCCCGGCCGUGUCAUCUACGUUGACGACGGUGUUCUCGCCUUUGACGUCCUGAGCAUCAAGGAUGACAAGACUGUCGAGUGCCGCUGCCGCAACAACGGUUUCAUCUCGUCGAAGAAGGGUGUCAACUUGCCGGACACGGACGUCGACCUCCCCGCCCUGUCUGAGAAGGACAAGGCUGAUCUCCGUUUCGGUGUCAAGAACAACGUCGAUAUGGUCUUCGCUUCGUUUAUCCGCAGCGGCAAGGACAUCCGCGAUAUACGUGACGUUCUCGGCGAGGAUGGCAAGGAUAUUCAGAUCAUUGCCAAGAUUGAGAACCGUCAGGGUCUUAACAACUUCCCCGACAUUCUCAAUGAGACUGACGGUGUCAUGGUUGCCCGUGGUGACCUGGGUAUCGAGAUUCCCGCCGCCGAGGUGUUUGCUGCCCAGAAGAAGCUGAUUGCCAUGUGCAACAUUGCCGGAAAGCCCGUCAUCUGCGCCACCCAGAUGCUGGAGUCCAUGAUCAAGAACCCCCGCCCCACUCGUGCUGAGAUUAGUGACGUUGGAAACGCCGUCACCGACGGCGCCGACUGCGUCAUGCUUUCGGGUGAGACGGCCAAGGGAUCGUACCCCAACGAGGCUGUCCACGAGAUGCAUGAGGCCUGCCUCAAGGCCGAGAGCUCGAUCCCCUACGUCGCCCACUUUGAGGAGAUGUGCAGCCUGGUCAAACGUCCUACUAGCACCGUCGAGUCGUGCGCCAUGGCUGCUGUCCGCACCUCUCUCGACCUCGGUGCCGGUGGUAUCAUUGUUCUGUCCACCUCUGGUGUCUCAGCCCGCCUCCUUUCCAAGUACCGCCCCAUCUGCCCCAUCUUCAUGGUGACACGCAACCCCACUGCCUCGCGCUACAGCCACCUGUACCGUGGUGUCUACCCCUUCCUGUUCCCCGAGACCAAGCCCGACUUUAGCAAGGUCAACUGGCAGGAGGACGUCGAUAAGCGCAUCAAGUGGGCUGUGAACCGUGCCCUCGGCCUUAAGGUCCUCACACCCGGCGACAGCGUCGUCGUUGUCCAGGGCUGGAAGGGCGGUAUGGGUAACACCAACACCCUCCGCAUCGUCCGUGCCGACCCCGAGCACCUGGGCAUUGGCCAGCCUGACAACUAA